AUGUCAGACGAGGAGACUACUGCUUUGGUUGUCGAUAACGGCUCCGGUAACGUUAAAGCCGGUUUCGCAGGCGACGAUGCGCCGAGAUGCGUCUUUCCAAGCAUCGUCGGCCGUCCGAAGAACCCUGCGCUCAUGGUCGGUAUGGACGAGAAGGACACCUACGUUGGCGACGAGGCUCAGUCGAAGAGGGGAAUACUCACCCUCAAAUACCCGAUUGAGCACGGAAUUGUGACCAACUGGGAGGACAUGGAGAAGAUAUGGCAUCACACCUUCUACAAUGAGCUGCGCAUUGCCCCGGAGGAGCACCCAGUGCUCCUCACCGAGGCUCCGAUGAACCCGAAGGCGAACCGCGAGAAGAUGACGUCGAUCAUGUUCGAGACACACAACGUGCCGGCCAUGUACGUCGCCAUUCAGGCCGUGUUGUCGCUCUACUCCUCAGGUAGGACAACGGGAAUCGUGCUCGACUCCGGGGACGGUGUUACGCACACCGUGCCCAUUUACGAGGGGUACGCGCUUCCUCAUGCAAUCAUGAGACUCGACUUGGCUGGCAGGGACCUCACUGAGUUCAUGCAAAAGAUUCUUGUCGAGAGGGGCUUUUCGUUCACGACCACCGCCGAGAAGGAGAUUGUGCGUGACAUUAAGGAGAAGCUCUGCUACAUUGCUCUUGAUUUUGACGAGGAGAUGACCACGUCUGCCUCCUCUUCUGAGGUGGAGAAGUCGUACGAGUUGCCUGACGGGAACAUCAUCACCGUCGGCAAUGAGAGGUUCAGGUGUCCUGAGGUUCUUUUCCAGCCCACCUUCAUUGGCAUGGAGGCUCCUGGCAUCCACACCACCACCUACAACUCCAUCAUCAGGUGUGACGUUGACAUUAGGAAGGACCUUUACGCCAACGUUGUUUUGUCUGGUGGUACUACCAUGUUUGAGGGCAUUGGUCAGAGGAUGACUAAGGAGCUCAACGCUCUUGUUCCCUCCACCAUGAAGAUCAAGGUCGUCGCUCCUCCCGAACGCAAGUACUCCGUUUGGAUUGGCGGCUCCAUCUUAUCUUCCCUGUCCACCUUUCAGCAGAUGUGGAUUACUAAGGAGGAGUUUGAUGAAAGUGGUCCAAACAUAGUUCAUAGAAAGUGUUUUUAA